CACCAUGAGCAGCAGCAGCAUCAACAACAGCAACAGCACCAUCAACAGCAGCAGCAGCAGCAUCAACAACAACAACUGCAGCAGCAGCAGGAGGACGAUGGGCAGGCAUGCCGUCUCUCCGGGUCUCAGGUGGGCCCUCUGCCAGAGCCGUUGCAAAGUCGGCUGUUUCUACAGCCGGCAUCGGACAGCACGGGCAUGAGACCAGUCGGGCAGUCGUCACCUCAGAAGCAGCAGCAGUUACUACAGCAUAAGCAGCAGCAGCAGCAGCAGCUACCACAGCGACAGUUUCCACAGCAGCAGUUGCCGCAGCAGCAGCAGCAGUUGCCACCGCAGCAGUUGUCACAGCAACAGUUGCCACAGCAGCAGCAGCAGCUGCCACAGCAGCAGCAGCAGCAGCUGCCACAGCAGCAGUUGUCACAGCAACAGUUGUCACAGCAACAGUUGCCACAGCAGCAGCAGCAGCAGUUGCCACAGCAGCAGCAGUUGCCACAGCAGCAGCAGUUGCCACAGCAGCAGCAGCAGUUGUCACAGCAACAGUUGCCACAGCAGCAGCAUCAGUUGCCACAGCAGCAGCAUCAGUUGCCACAGCAGCAGCAGCAGCAGCAGUUUCAAGGCGAUUACAAAACGGUUCCCAGCAAGUCGGCGCCGUUUCAGUCGCUGUCGGUGACGACGCAGACGGCGCUCUCUGAGCUGGUGCCGGAGCCCACGGUGAGCACCUCCAUCUAAGCGCGCGGUGGCGGCGUUGACGCGGAAAUCGCGGAGCGCAUCGGCACGCAGGAAGGAGGGACGGGAAGAAAACAAACACACUAACAAAAAACGCUCGCGCACUUUCACCGCUUGACCAAAUUUCAUUUUUUUGUUUGUACGGGAGUUGGUACCGCAUGCCCGCCCGUCGCACCGUCUCGCCCCGUCGCACCGUCUCAACCGCCGUCGCACCGUCUUGCCCGUCACACCGUCUUGCCUGUCACACCGUCUCACCAGCCGUCACACCGUCUCGCCCGUCACACCGUCUCGCCCGUCAUCACGUCUUGCCCGUCACACCGUCUCACCAGCCGUCACACCGUCUCGCCCGUCACACCGUCUCGCCCGUCAUCACGUCUUGCCUGUCACACCGUCUCACCAGCCGUCACACCGUCUCGCCCGUCACACCGUCUUGCCCGUCAUCACGUCUUGCCCGUCACACCGUCUCACCAGCCGUCACACCGUCUCGCCCGUCACACCGUCUCACCAGCCGUCACACCGUCUUGCCCGUCACACCGUCUCACCAGCCGUCGCACCGUCUCGCCCGUCACACCGUCUUGCCCGUCAUCACGUCUUGCCUGUCACACCGUCUCACCAGCCGUCACACCGUCUCGCCCGUCAUCACGUCUUGCCUGUCACACCGUCUCGCCCGUCACACCGUCUCGCCCGUCGCACCGUCAUCUCGCUUAUCGUUCCACCUUCUCCGCCCGUCACACCGUCUCACCCGCCGUCUCACCGUCUCUGCAGCCCUCGGAGUCAAAAACGGAUGCUCUCCGCUUUGUCGUGGCCACUCGAGGUGGGAAAAACCCCAUGCCACAUUUCCACAUCCCAAUCUGAAAAGCAAAAGCCGGGCACCCUCUGGGCUGUUUCAAUAACGGCCCGGCGUCUCUCGCUCCCUCCUCCCACCACUUGGUGGCCACGCGGCCUCCGUGGCCUCUGGCCCCUCCUGCCCUGUUGCCCCUUUAUCCCCUAAAUAGGCAUGCAACAUUGGGCCAACGUUGGUUCUUGACGUCGAGCUAACGUUGGUCCAUUGUCAACCAACGUUGGGCCAACGUUGGUUGACGUCGAGCUAACGUUGGUCCAGUGUCAACCAACGUCGGGCCAACGUUGGUUGACGUCGAGCUAACGUUGGUCCCAUGUCAACCAACGUCGGGCCAACGUUGGUUGACGUCGAGCUAACGUUGGUUCCGGGUCAACCAACGUUGGCCCAGCUGUUGCAUGUGUAUACCGGUGAUAUUGAAAGUUUUUUUUGGUUUUUUUACAAUGUUAAAUGUGAAUUUCGUUUACGUUGCAUUGUCACAAGCGUGCACAAUAAAUACCUCCACAGCCCUGUCGUUGAUUUGCUUAUAGCCUGGCCGCUUUCCAAAAUAUAAUCAGUGAAGACUUGUCUGCAAGGCCACCCAUCCUCGUCCUCCUGAGCAGAUGAAAGGAAAAAAAAAACGCACACAGGCCUCUCUCCAUCUCAUUGUCUUAUUCUCUGCACUUGCCCUUACAGAGGCUGCUGGUUGUCACCGGUUCUUUUGGCUUCUAUCGUAGUCGUUCAGUCCGUUUUUGUUUUCAACACGGAGCGGUUUUUGCCCUAGCGACAGGCCGCAGGAUGCCUCAAAACCAUCAUCAUCAGAAAUCAAUUAUUUGUCAUACCGCGCCUCCCAUGCAGUGCAUCAGUACAUGCAGUGAAUAAACAGGUAGUGUUCUUUUUUUGCCCGAAGUGGCGUGGCACAGAUCACCGUAGUGGUCUUGUUCCCCCCACCGUACUGGGCCUUGCCUUAAGCUUUAGUGGCAGACUCGUAGGAAGAGGCAAGGGCGGCUUGGAUAAUCAUCAGCCGCAGGUGCUGCCCCAUGGGCAUUGUUUUGACCACACUUCACCACACUUAUUGAAUAUGUAUUUUUUUAAAGGUACGUUGCGACUUAUACCAAUAAUAUAAUCUAUGAUGCAAAAUGUUCAACCGACUUUUUUUUUAAAGGCAACGAAUCAUCGCGAGACGUUAUAAGGCUCGGACACUUAUUGUAGACCGAUCGAGACGGUGCGUGAUCACAUGUUUUACUUGUGCACGAACAGAGAGGGGAAUUUACUGUGGACAGCGAGCGAAAUGCAUCGUGGGAUGCAAUUACCAGGAAAAACUGCAAAGUUGGAUGGAAACGCACGCACACGUAAUGCCGGUGAAAGGGAAAAUCAAAUAUUCGAGUGAAGGGUAUAAAAGUUGGGAAAUUAGAUUUCCUUUUAAUCAGACCAUAUCCAAGCAAUUCAAAAACAAAAUGGUAAAUUUGUUCGUGAACGAGUAACACCUUUUCAAAAUAAAGACAGGCUCAAUUAACAUAAGCACCGGGGUGGGGGGGGGAGGGGGUGGAACCCCCAAAACCAAUUUCCUAAGAAGUCAAAUAAAUAAAGGCUCCGAUAUUUUUUCUUUAGCAAAAACUCCAUAAAGUUUUUAUGACCGGCAUCUCAUCGUUUUAAAUACAUGAAUUUUAAGCAUUCAAUUGCACAAAUUCAGCCACGUUCAACCGUUGCUUUAUUCAAAAAAAAAUUGGGGCGGGGGUUGAUAUUGCUCCACCCCAGCUCUACUGUCAAGCAAAACCUGGGUUCCCAUUGCGAGCACCUCGUUUGCAAUCGCGACCGUGCUAAACAUUUAUUUCAUUUGCUACUUAACUAAAGGUCUCCCAAAGCCGUGUCGGUCAUGGAGAUUGUUUAACCGUACUUCAUCACAACCAGUCACUGCCGAUUGGAGACCCAUAGAGGACCUGUUCAAAUAGAUAUUGCUUGCCCCCUAUAGCUAACCAUGGCCCGGUAUCAAACUCAGCUGGCUGUGUCCUUUGUGCUGUGGCCAAACGCUGUUUCACCGCUUCACCCCACGACUAUAACGCUUUAAUUUCAUGAUUUAUUUUCCAAAAGCCUCUCUGAGUCUUGAGAUGCUUUCUAAGGAGGGUCCUGCUUCGGAAUUUUUGGCCAAUUCCGUUUCGAAUAGGAUUGUCUUGCUUCGUGUGUUAUUGACGUCACAUCAUUCGCAAGAGCCCUGUUCGGAAACGUUGCAUAGCAGUGUUCACUUUGCUUAUCUGAGGAUUGCUGAACAGAGAUGUUCAUAGAACUCACUUCAAGUGACCUUUUCAUCUUCACCAAUGUUUUAAUUCCAAGAAGUUGGAAUUUAAUCAAAUUCAGUAAAAACAUUUUUUUAAAUGACUAUUUUUCGUGCGGGGAGUCUACACGUGGUGACCGGGCUGAGACCAGAAACUCACUCACACUUGAGAACCUGAUUUGAUAUUGUAACUUGGUGACCCGCCCAUACUGAACAUCUGUAAUAAAAAGAGCUUUAUAGCUCAUCGGAUUACUUCUCCAGGCUAAAUGAAGAUUCUGAUUUUCGAUUAAUCAUGCUCGGCAAAAACCCGGAGUCGAACCGAGGUCCUCAGCGGUGCCGGCUCGGCAUUGUCAUCCUCAAGCCACCCGAUCAUCUUGGAGCAAACAGACAAUCAAGUUCUGGGUUGGUACAAACCUUGAGCCUAACAGGUGCAUGCGGAGGGUGGGGGGGGGUGUGGAGAGAGGGCAACAGUUUUCUUUUUUGUGACGGGGAAUUGUUCCUCUUACGAGAAAGUUGGAACAGCGCAGAGGUAUUGUUAACCCUAUUGCAUUGUUCUGGGACUUUGGUCUCGAAGUGCACGAUGUUCCGGGGAUUCAUAAUUCGGAGGAGGUCUAAGCUGCACGUCCACCUUGACAAACGUAGCACCCGUCGCCGCCACCCAGGAAUUGUCCCCGAUUCUCACACGCAGCCUCCGGAGCUCCCUCCCCCCGCCCUCCCGUACCCACAACCUGUCCGCGUAACUUUUGUUUUUGAACUGGACCCGAGGGGAGACGGAAGAGAGAUGACCCAAAAACAAAUGCGUAAGAGUGAAGGAGCGAGAGGUGGCGUGUGAAGUCCGUGCCGUUACUCGCGACCUGCACAGAUGGGUUACGACUGAACGAACAAGAGCAACAACAAGACAAGAUGUUAAAACGAGAAGGACACAUUUUGUAAGGUCAGCUAACGGAAUGUGAACGUGGGACUCUUAAGCCACUACCGCUGCCACCACUACAUGCUGCCACCACCGCCACCACCACGGCCACCUUUAAGCGCUGCUCAUUCGUGCGUCACGGUGCAAUUGUGCGCGUUACUAGCGGUGGCGAUGAUGGAGAUGAUGACGAUGGUGGUGGUGAUUAACGACGAUUGUUCUCCGUGGCGUUUUUUUUUUUUUUAAACAGGGCAUUCGUUGAAUCCGCCCUGUGUCACGACACGCGCAUCUUUUGCAUCGCGACGCCAACUGCGCGAGGCCGUGUCAAACGCGAGGGUACAUUUUUACGGAAAUUGUCGCCCGUUAGCAAAUCGACGCUGGCCACGGUUUCCACACAGCCGUUAUUUUGUCGCGGGGGGGGAAAAACAAAAAAAAGAAUCAACCAGUUUCCCAAAAACGUGGCCGAAAAUAUUGACUGGUGGUGGCAACGUCCGAAGGCCGCGCGUGACUGUUCAAGGUGAUGCGAUGGAGACGAUAUUGGCCGACCGUCAAACCA